AUGGCCCACAAGACCGAGUGGACGUCGCACGGUCACCUGCGCAGGCGCGGCCGCGCGGGGAACUGGGAGACGACGUGCCCUUAUGGACACGUGGUGACCGUCAAUCUCAAGAUUUGUCGCCCUAGCCUCUCGGAGAAGUUUAUAGAGAUGACAGUAGAGGGCCAGGCGUGGCUUGGCGUCGCUAAGAGCCACGAGGUCAUCGCUGCCGGCCUCCGCGCACCAGCUGCUGCAAACCCCCCUGCGCCGUCGCCGUGGGACGCCUGCGUUCUGCUGCUCCAUUGCCGGCACCUGUCCCUGUGCGGCGCGUGCGAACCCGCCGUGAACACCUGCCCCGUGUGCGCGUCCACCAAGAACGCCUCGCUCCACGUCCUCCUUUCUUGA